GACUAACUCAUGAGGAAUUUGGUAUUAAGUUUACAAGUAUUUUGAAAAAAAAUUUUAUCGACAUUUAUAAAAAAAAAAAAAAUAAACAAAACUGAAUAUUUCGAAUUUCUUUAAAUAGCCUUAAGUAUACCCUAGUUGAAUAUUUUCCAAAAAUGUAAAAGUAGAACCAAACACAAUUUUCAUACUAUAUUAUGUUACACGGAUUGAAGUAACAACAAAUGCGACAGCUUCAAAAAUAAAAGAGUUAGUUCCCUUCCUUCAUUACUUCUAUGUGUGUAAAUUUAAAAAUGAUAUUUUAUUAAUUAGUUUAGUCUACUUGUGAUAAUAUAAUGUUAAUUUUAUUUUAUUCAAUAUUUAUUCAUUGUUUUUAGGACAAAUUUGGCGUUUUUUUUAAAUCAUAAAUAUCCUUUUUAUAGUUAUUUACUGCUGUUUAUACAGAGUGUAAAUCAUGUAUUUAAAAUUUUUUUUUUUAUAAAAAGAAUUUAUUUAUUUACGUACGGAAAUGUAAAACGAACACUUGGUACUCAGCUAAUAAUAAAAACGCAUUAAUGUCAGAAUAACUAAUAAAAAUUAUUUAUUAUAAAAUGUAUAACGGUCUACUGAAAUUUAAAAAAUUAACUCUGUAUGAAUAAUAUAUUCAUUUCUCACAUUACACAAUGUAUAUGUCAACCAUUACUUUUAGUUUGUAUCCUUCUUAUUUUAACAGAUUGUGUACAUCCUCAAACUCCAAGAGGCCCCGGAAUAUCAUCAUGUAGUUACAGUUGUUUUCGUAAAAGUUAUUGUGGUUUCGAAGAGAUUGCAGUUAGUGAUAUACCUGUCGAGUGCACGUCUUUAAAUUACGUUGGAGCUUUUGUGGAUGAAUAUUACGGUGUUGGUCCAGGCAAUUCGGGCACCGAUUACACACUUUUAGACACUUUAUUGCGCAGUAAUAAGGAUGUAUUUCUAUACUACGGCCGUGAGCUUGUAGAGAUCUGGGCUGAAAUGUUUGCUAAUGGAUGUGCAGAAGCCAACUCAUUAAAAGAAAUGAAAGGAUUACAUACAUUUUUGGACCAACAUAAGGGGAUCGAUGGUCUUAUACUUACUGGUUUACAGUAUACUUGUUAUACUAAAAAAGAAGUUCCACAGUUUACUGACAAUUUCAAAAUAUAUCUUGGUGUGCUGAAAAAAUCAUAUCCAGACAUGAUCAUUGGGAUGGAUUUAUACGCUUCACACAUCAUAAAUCAGCAUACCAAUGCAAAAUUCAAAAACUGGUUGGAUAUCAGCAUAAUAGACAAAGAUAUUGAUUUUUAUGCUAUUAGUCUAGAAUAUUUUAAUUCAUGCACUGCUGAUUUGAUAAAUACCGGAACUACUCCAAUGUCUGGAACAUCUGCUUAUAAUACAUUGGAUAAAUUAAAAGAUGCCUUAAAAUCAUCAGGAAUUCCAAAAGAAAAAAUAUAUUUUAAAUUUAUAACAAAUCCACAAUCACCUUAUAAUAAUCUUACUAUUUGUCAAGUGAAUAAUGAAAUGAUGUGUGCACAGCCAGUAAAUGCAAAAGAUUGGUGUUCAGAUACUAUAUUAUCGUUCAAUGAAAAAGGUAAAUAUGCGAAAGAUAAUGGAGCUGGCUUUAUUGCUCGUUAUAUUGAUUUUGAAGAUAAAAUUAAUAAUACUUGUGAAUGUGAAAAUACAUACUACGCCUUCAAUGCUUUGCUAGAUGGUUUUAAUUGUGUUACAUCAUCAUCCUGUAAUUUAUUUGAUAAUAUAGUAGUAAUACCAUAAUUAAACUUUUUACAACAUCCGCAAAAGUUAACAUGUACGUACACCUAUACGUAAUUAAAUAGGUAACACAUUUUCGUGUUUUAACCUUUUAUUCGUCAUUCAUUAGAUAUCGAAUUAAAAUACUUUUAAAAAAAAAAUAACAAUUUAUGUAUUUACUUACGGAAUUGUAAUACACACAUUUGUUACUCGUUAUAUAAAUAGCUUUAUAAUAUAAACAUUAUAUAUUUAGAUAAAAUUUAG